GUCAUGUUUACGAACCCUUACAAUCAUAACACAAACUGGGAGUGUAGUAAUUUACCUGUGUGGCGGGGACAGGUAGUAUUUACCUGGGCAGGUAGACACGGAUCCUUGCUGACAAUAACCUAAUUUAGCGACACGGUGUGUAGCAAGGUGUGUCGUAUCCUGUAUCUAUUCCUGACACGGAUUAAAAAAAAACACGCCGAUGUAUUAAGAAUGACACGGAUUUAUUUUACAUUGCAAUAAACCCACGAUGUGUAACGAUUGUGCAUUGACGUCACACACCUGUCGACGACUCACGAUGAACUUGCAUGCCCUCACUCUAGUCUUCCUCCGAUGAUGUCUACUUCAGAUCUAGCCAGGGUCUUUUUGCUGGGAUAUCUGUUCACCCAGGGGACGCCCGUGGGAGGACAGACAUGUAGUGCGUACACGUACACCACACAAAGUGAUGACGCGCUCAUCAAGAUAGCCGCCAUACUUGGGUUCCAAGGGGAGAAAUGCGACAGGAAAUAUGACAGCACCGCCAUACAGCAAAUGAUAGCCCUGAAAUGGGCGGAGUCACUAUUGCGAGGUGACCCAAGCAAGAAUGUCUCAAGUUUUAUACCUGGUGUCAGUAUCGGUAUUGAUAUCUAUGAUGACUGCAAGAACCCUACCCUGGCAGCAGAGCAUGCCGGGAUGUUGUCAAGUUACAUUAAGGGUGUUGAAGGGUGCUCAUACGGGAACUUUACAUUAAACAAACCUAUCAUUGCAGGUAUAAUCGGCACAACCAUCAGCCAAACGACGACGGUGGUGUCUCAGGUGCUCAACUACACCGACACACCUGUAGUGGGCAUCUCAGCCACACUGGGGGAGCUGUCCAACAAAAGUGUCUACAAGAACUUUGUCAGGACGGUGCCUUCAGACCUCAAGCAAGCCAAGGUCAUCAUCGAGCUUGCCAAGACCUUCAAGUGGAGCUACGUUUUAGGUAUCCACUCUACAGACAACUACGGGGUACAGGGUAUGGCUGAGGUUCAGAGGCUAGCGCAGGAGGAGCAGUUGUGUGUGUCUACGGUCGUGUCUUUUGAACCUGAUAGUAAGACGGAGAUGGAGAAUUUUGUCCGGAACACUCUGAUUAAUGUUUUCACGAAAGGAAAUGAUGUCAUUGGCGUGGUUUACUUUGGGAGAAACAAUUUACUUUUAUCAUUGCUGGACUACAUAAAGCUACGACGCAGUUAUUGGGGUAACGUCUUCAACGCAUUGAAAAAAGUCUAUUGGAUCGGAACCGACGGCGUGGACGGGACGCCGGAACUCAUAAGAUACCUGGACGAGUACCAAACGAAAAUCCUGCUCAUCGGACCGCAGGAAGUUGUGCUGACGUCAUACCAGACGUAUUUCCGGAAGUUGUUGGAAGACCCACCUGAUUGGAUGGCGGGGCCGUGGCGCUCUAUGGUGCAGUAUUUAAUGCAGAACUCUCUAAAUUGUGGUAACUACAACUUCAGCAAGGAGUCCCUGAGCGGCUGUGUCUUUGACACCUCCCUCAGUCCCUACUUGACAGCCACGUUGGACUCUGUCUACCUCUUGGCCAACACGUUCAAGGCCAUACACAAAGAGACAUGCUUCGGUGCCCCAGGUAUAUGCCUGGCUAUGAAGGAGUCCUUGAACUCUAUAAUACUCCGGACAGGCGGUCUGCGAGAGAUGAACUACACCAAUAUUGAUGCCAACUAUAUUCCAGCAGAACUGAUCACAAGGGCCUUAGUCAAGGCUGGUGGGGACUUCGAGGUCUUUAACCAGCCGCAGUUUUCCAUCAGGGCCAACAUUGGCAGCAUGUUCACAAAGAUUGGUGAGUUCAAGGACAACAAGAUCAGCAUCACCAGCACCUACAGCACCAUCCUCAACCCUUCCCGCUGCAGCAGCAAGUGCCAGGAGUGUUUUGACCUCUACGACCGAGAUUACAUCUUCUCUAACGGUACCUACGUCAUUCUGGGACUGUACUCCCUACACUGGCGGUCAGACAAAGACGACUUCGGCUGUGACGUCUACAGGGGCAAGAGUGCGUCUUUUAUCGCCCAGAAGUCGUUCAUCACCGCAGUGACACGUCUGAAGAUGGAAACAGGUCUAAACUUUGGUUACCUGGUCAUAGAUGACUGCUACAAUCCUCUGAGAGCGUUGCGUAUGCUGAUGAAGAUAUUCAGCGGUGACAUGCGGAUCGAGGACAGGGUAACGGGCGCCGUGUUGAACGCCUCCAGCAUCCGGGCGGUGGUGGGCUCCCAGUCUAGCGCCGUUACCAUGGCAACGCUGAGCCUGCUGAACAGUCUCGGAAUACCCAUGGUAUCCUACAGUGCCUCCAACCCCGAUCUUACCAGCCCCAUCAACUACCCUUAUUUCUCACGGACUGUGAGCAGCGACACUGUACAGGCAAAUGCUUUGGUCAGCAUUCUACAGGCUUUAAAGGUGACUAGGGUCGGCGUGAUCGUCAUCAAAAACAUCUACGGCCAGUCCCUGUCCAAUGAGUUCCAGCAAGCCGCCCAGGGGGUGGGGAUCUGUGUUGACCCUCCCUUUGAAAUGACAGAGAAAACUACGUCAUCCGAUCUGGGGCAAACGUUUGUGAGAUACAGAAGUGAAGAAAUACAGGUAAUUGUGGUGAUGUUGGUGGACGAGCAGGUGAGUACGAUGCUGAAGGCUGUGAGAGAGGAGGACAGUUUUGUUUUCCUGGGGAGCGAGACAUGGGGGCCCAACCCCUACCUCAUCGCCAAUGAACUGGGGGAGAGGGCGAGAGGUUCAAUAAUCCUUGCUGCCUCAGCUCCUGAGCUAGUCAACUAUCAGCUGACGGACUAUCUUAAGACCAUGAGCCCCUUCAGCGAAACCGGAAACGGAUGGUUGCAGGAAUUCUGGGAAGAUCACUUCCAGUGUAACCUGCCUGGUGGUUUCAAAAACAAUUACCCGUCAGACUGUAGUGCUACUAGCUACUUCAGUGAUUCUGAUUUGAAUGUCUUGGUCAAUUCGUCCCUGGUCAUUCAUAGCUGGGUCGCUGCAAAAAGUGUGGGACUUGCCAUCAAAACUUUGGCAGCCAGCACGUUUAAACCUGACAUCCUUACCAAUGAAACCAGAAACAUCCAAAUCAAAAACGGCAACUCCGUUCUGAGACCGUUCGAUUCCACGGGCAACGGCAACGCUGGGUUCCAGAUCUACAACAUACGAUACGACAACAACAUUGCCAACUACAUGAAAGUGGGUGAAUACAACCCCAAGACUGGUCUCAACCUUCCCAUGGAUGGACUGGUCUUCUACACCGUACCCGGGCAACCCGUCAAAACCGUCAUCUCAAGCUGUGUGGGGCGUAGGGACUGUAAGAUUUGUGGGUCAAGUCCUCCAGAGACGUCCACACAAUCCUCCAGCGAUGCUCCACCAAAUGUUGGCGCUGACUCCCAGAGUUCUAGAGACGCUGCCAUCGGUCUUGGCGUCUUCAGUGCCAUUCUGUUCCUGAUUAUAGUCGGGCUUGUCGUCGUGGCGGUUCUCAUUUGGCUGGGGAAGAUCCCUCUCAAAGAUCGCAAGUACACGAAGCCUAAAAGAGCUAACAACGACAAGACCGAGCCACCACGUAGCCCGCCCACCAGAGGAAGAAGAAGCGAUGAUGGCUCCAAUUCUACAGACGGACCUAACCUGCCACCCAGAUCAACCUCCAGGAGGAAUCUCGACCCGACAGAGUCCGACUCCAAGAACAAACAACCUCGGGACGGUUCCAUACCAGCCUUAAAUUACCAGCCUUCCGUACAUGACGAUGCGCCUUGCAUGUACACCGUAGUCACGACUUUACCGCUCGGCCAAAGAAUGCAGUCCCCGGGAGCUACUUCCAUAUGUUCCAGCAACCCUUCGACUGUCUCCCAUGACUACCAGCCUACGCCAGAUGCUUCUUUUUAUCUGCCAAAUAGAAACAGCGGCAGUGAUGGUUUGAGUGAGCCUCUCCCUGUCAAAGCUCAUGUUGAUCGAGAUAUCUAUUUGGCUAAACUCAACGCCGCGCAGGCUCCGCACUUAGAAAAUAAUACCCCAGGCACCAGACAAGUUUUGUCCACACAACCACCUGCCACACAACCACAUCCCACAAAACAGCCUCCCACACAGCAAUCUCCCACACAACCACUCCUCACAUAUAACCAAUCCAACGUAUUUUACCACCCUGAACACGGCUGGGUCGCAUUAGUAAAGACAAACCCACAAACCUCCUAUGACCCGGAUGAUCCUAUCAAUGGUGAAGCGUACAUCACGCCCAUCGAAAACGCUCUGUACAAUACCCAGCCCCUGCCCCACGCCGACAUCUCUCCGGGCAUCCGACUCACCGACUCCCCCUUAGGAAAGAGCAGCUCGUCCAUCUCUUUGAGCAGUAACUCUGGAAGCGGCGGCUCUCUUCCAAAACGACCAAUACAAGUAAACAAUACCCAUGCCCAAGAACAUGAAUCCAACACGCCACAACAAAAUCUAAACAUUAACGAUAUCAACUUUCAAUUCCAAGAGAAACAGCCUGCUCCAGGUUCUAAUGUACCGGUCGCAACUCAGCCGAACAAUUUUACAUCAAACACAGAGGAGGCGCCUAAACCCCAUCGGUUCUAUACAGGCCCCACCCCUUUGGAUCCCCUCAGUGCAGGCAAUGUCCCUGCUUUAAAACACAUUAUGCCUGUGAGACUUGAUACCAUUACAGAACAGGAUUCUUUAGGGUACCAUUCCUCGUUGAACUAUGCACCUGGUAAUGAAGGGUCGAAACCAGAGUUAUCAGUAGGUCAAAAUGUAGAAUUACAGGAAACCAGUGUAAUCUAGUGUGCAUGCAAAGUGCCUACUGUUUUAGUUAUCGUUUAUUUUUGUCUUAGGUUGUUAAUUCACUUUGCUGUCUUUUGUAAUACUGUUUUAUGUUUUACAAGAAAAGAUUUUGGCCUUUUUACCUGCUUUCUUUUAUUAGACCAAGUAGUAUUUUUGCAAAGUAGUUAAACAUACCGUUUGUUGCAGUGUAUUUUA